UUGAUAUAAAAAUCAUUCGCCAGCUUUCUGAAAAGUUCUCCUGAGCCCGUGUAGUCUGCGAAACUACCUCACAAACUUCAGACGACAAUUGUAUUUCCUCGCGGGCAGUUUGGUCAGUAACUCCUUUUCAGUGGGUGCCAUGGCGUCCGUAGAGCAGCUGACGCUUUUGAAAGCUUUCACUGAGUUGUUGAAGAAUACACCAGACCUCUUGCACAAACCUGAGUUGAGUUUCUUCAGGGAAUACUUAGAAAGCUUAGGGGCUACUAUUCCUGCGGAAUCAUCUGAUGAACCAGCUGCAGAGGAGCAGAAAGAAACACCACCAAAGCCUGCACCAACCAAGAGUGCUCCGCCACCAAAGGUGCAGAAAAGAAGAAGAGAGGAUUCUUCAGCUGAGAGUGACAUCGAGGAGCCAGAAGAGUUAGUAAUUGAGAAAGAUGACGAGUGUGUGGAAGCAGAUGAGGACGAGCCCCAGUCGAUGGGUAAUCCAGAUAUUGAGGUGACAGAUGAAAUGCGAGAUGCUGCACAAGAGGCCAGGAGUCAAGCUAUGGCCGCCAUGUCCAAUGGUGAAUUCUCUGAAGCCAUUGAGCACUUCACUGCUGCCAUUGAGAAGAACCCCCAGUCAGCACCUCUAUUUGCCAAGCGUGGCCAAGCUUACGUCAAGCUGAGAAAGCCCAACGCUGCUAUCCGGGACACCACUCGUGCCAUUCAGCUGAAUCCUGACUCAGCACAGCCGUACAAGUGGAGAGGUAUUGCUUACCGGAAACUUGGUGAAUGGUUGAAAGCAGUUCAAGACUUGGAUAUGUCUAAUAAGCUUGACUUUGAUGAGGAUGUUUACAUCAUGGCCAAAGAGCUGCGCCCAAAGGUACUGAAGAUCCAAGAGCGUCAACGUGAAAUUUCCCGUAUCCGCGAGGAGAAGGAAAGGAAAGCACGCAUCCGCCGUGUGAAGAAGGCACAAGCAGCACAGGAGAAGGCACGCAAGGAGGAAGAGGAACGUGCUGGUCGAUUUUCAGGUGCCGGUGGCUUUCCAGGUGGUUUUCCUGGAGGCUUUCCAGGUGGCUUCCCUGGUGCAGGCGGUUUCCCCGGUGCUGGAGGCUUCCCUGGAGCUGGAGGUUUUCCUGGUGCUGGAGGCUUCCCUGGAGCUGGGGCUGGAGGCUUCCCUGGAGCUGGGGCUGGGGGCUUCCCUGGUGCUGGUGCUGGGGGCUUCCCUGGUGCAGGGGCUGGCGAACCAGACCUCUCUGCUCUAUUUAGCGAUCCCGAAAUCAUGGCAGCAUUCCAGGAUCCUGAAGUAAUGGCUGCUUUUCAAGCUGUGAGCCAAGACCCAAGUAAGAUUUCCAUGUAUGAGGGUAACCCAAAGGUCAAGCGUGUCAUUGAGAAGCUAAGGACGAAGUUUGGCGGUGCAAUGCCCGGAGGAAUGCCUGGUGGAAUGCCACCUACUGGAGAAGAACCCAUGGAUGAUGAUGGCCCAACAACAGAUGCCAGCAGUGAGCCGAAUACUGCUCAAAUGCCGGCGUCUAAUGAUGAUCUGGACUGAGUUAACUUAGUGAGUACAUGUAUAUUGGAGCUAUCCUUAGCUCUGUGUUGGUGUUGUUUAUGCAACACACUCUGGAGGUUGCUGCUCUAUACUCUGCGCCGCAAAAUCUUCUCAUCAUUUCUUCUGCCCUGUGCACUGUGGUAGUACAUGCCGAUGUGCAGCAGCUUCUCCUGAGAGCACUGCCACCACUGCCGCACUGUCAAGCCAAGCGGAUUUGGCCUUUGUGGCUCUACUCAAGGUUGUUUUUACCCUUUCACUAUUCUCCAUACAGUAGUAGCUCACCCCUGCUGCUGCUGCUUCUGCUGCUGCUUCUGCUGCUGCUGAAUUUUCUACUCAGCUUUAUGUUGCUUCGUUUCAACUUGUUUUCUGCUUGAUAUUUUUUGAUACCGUGACAUUUUGUUCGGUAGCAGAACUGCUAUUUCUCUUCUUUUCAGAUUCCUAUUGUACACCGUUACGAACAGAAAAGACACAUGAAGCUGGCUUUCGAAA